GCAUCCUCAAGUAUCCUAACUCAAAUACUUAUUUCUCAUACAAGUUCUUUGAAAAAACCACUAUACAACAUGGGUUUCCGCAUUCCAAGUAUUAAAAGGGCAGCAAAAACAAUUUCCAAGGGGACUGAUGUACCAAAAGGCUACCUUGCCGUCUAUGUUGGAGACAACAUGAGGCGGUUCGUGAUUCCGAUAUCACACUUGAACCAACCUUUAUUUCAAGAAUUGUUGAGUCAAGUUGGAGAAGAAUAUGGAUAUGAUCAUCCAAUGGGUGGUCUCACAAUUCCGUGCAGUGAGGAUGAGUUUCUAAACAUCGAUUCUCGUUUGAAUGGGAUGUAGAUCAUGCUAUUAGGAUGUAGAUAAAUUAGUUGAGAGACAUAUUUGUACAGAAGGCACUUCAUUCUUUUUCUUAUGGACACUUUUCAUUUUGCUUUCAUUCCUAUGGAAUUGUAAAAAGGAUUUUCUGAAUGAGAAAGUAGUUAU